AUGGGUAUGGCAGCGGAACCGCAGUUUCAUGUAUUAGCUGUUGAUGAUAGUUUGUUCGACCGGAAACUCAUAGAGAGAUUGCUUCAAAAGUCUUCGUGUCAAGUAACAACUGUUGAUUCAGGCUCAAAGGCUUUAGAAUUUCUGGGUUUAAGAGAAAAUAUUGAGAGCGACGACCCAAAUGCGCUUUUUACAUCUCCUGAAAAUCACCAGGAAGUUGAAGUGAAUCUUAUAAUUACAGACUAUUGUAUGCCAGGCAUGACUGGUUAUGAUUUGCUCAAGAAAGUCAAGGAAUCAUCAGCUCUUAAGAACAUACCAGUAGUUAUAAUGUCCUCUGAGAACGUUCCUGCAAGAAUCAGCAGAUGUUUGGAAGAAGGAGCUGAAGAGUUUUUCUUGAAACCAGUAAGAUUGGCUGAUCUUCACAAGUUGAAAUCUCAAAUGAUGAAAACAAAGUUGAAGAACCAGAAGCUGGAAGAGAUUGAGAAUCCUUCAAGAAACGAAAAUGUAACCAUAGCAGCAGCAGUUGAACCAGAGAUUAAAGACUCAACAACAAAAGUCGAAAUCGAAAUCUUGCCUCUGCAACAAGAGGAGCACAUAUUGAGUAACAACAACAAGAGGAAGUCAAUGGAAGAGGGGAUCCCAACAGAUAGAUCUCGUCCAAGAUUUGAUGGUAUCACAACCGCAGUCUGA